ACACAAUAAUAUCAAAUGAUGAAAACGUCCUCGAAAGAUGGAGACCAUCCUCCUUUCAAUGUAUGCAUUAAGACUAUAUCAUCGUCUUCGUGCGAGAGGUUGUCUCAAGAAAUGAAGUCCAAUGCAGCAACUUCUAGUGGCAAUGGAGAAGUCAAGACCCAGGGAAGAAGUCUUGGCAGCCUCUUUCCUCACUUUGACCUAUUCCUCACCCGCCAAAUUAUGGGAGAAGCAUUGGGGACAUACAUGAUAGUGUUUUGUAUAUGUGGGAUAAUAUCAAACUUGCAGCUGAUGGGAAUUCAAAUAGGGUUGCUGGAAUAUGCAACUACUGCUAGUUUGACUGUGGUUGUUGCAGUUUUCUCUAUUGGGCCUAUCUCUGGAGCUCACCUCAAUCCUGCUGUUACAUUAGCAUUUGCAAUAAUUGGCCCUUUUCCUUGGCCCAAGGUGCCCUUUUACAUUAUGGCUCAAGUGGGAGGCUCUGUGUUGGCCACAGUAUCAGGAAGAUGGGUAUAUGGGGUUGGAUAUGAGCAUAUGAUGACAAAACCACUGCAUGGAUGCAAUGGAGCAUUUUGGGUGGAGUUCAUGGCAACCUUCAUGAUUCUCUUUGUGGCUUCUUCUCUAUCUAAUGAUCCUCAAUUUGCAGGGAAAUUGGGAGGAUUUAUUGUUGGAGUAUCCAUCGGUCUGGGAGUGCUAAUCACUGGGCCAGUUUCGGGCGGGUCAAUGAACCCGGCAAGAUCAUUAGGGCCAGCAAUUGCUUCGUGGAGUUUCGAUAAGGAUUUGUGGGUUUACGUCGUCGCUCCGACGGGCGGCGCCGUCGCCGGCGUUUCCUUUUACCGGCUCGUGCGACUCCAAGGCUGGUCUUGCUUGCCUCCACCUCCUGCCACUGCUGCUCGUCAUGCUCAUACUUAAAAUUUAAUUACUCCAUUUCUAUUAAUUCAUUAAUUACUCCGUUUCAAAUUACAUUACUGGCGGGAAAUUACAUACUUUGUCGUGCAAUAAGAUUAAUCAUUUCCGGGCAUUAAUUUUCUUUUAAUACAUUACUCCCGUAGUAUUCUGCGUUUCGAUUGGCUUUACAAUUUAAUUUUUUCGAUUUUAUUUUUCUCUAGACACAUUAUUUAUAUUUUUAAUCGUAAAUAAAAUUCACAUCCCAUA